AUGCCGCUGGUGAAGACAACGGCGUUGAGUGCCGCUUUGGUCUCUGUUGCCUGGGCCGAACCUUUGAGUGUCGGCGGCCUCGACCUGGCCACUCCGCCAUCCCACUGCGCACCAGUCCGUGAUGCCGAGGUGCCCAAAGCGGCCACUGUGGGCUUCGUUUCUGGCAUGCUGACGGCCUCUGCCGCCUUUUGGGUUCACCGGGAGAAGCGUCGGAGACGCCAGCCUGGCAAAGCUACGCAUCCGCGAGAAUGGGCCAUUUGGACGCGAGUCGAUAGGAAGAAGAAAGGAUAUGUCUCACGCAAAGAUAUCAAGUCCUUGUGCUACAGAUUCGAGUCUGAUGAGCACGCAGAACACUUGGCGAAGCAGCUGGACCCCUGGGCAAUGGAUCACAUCUAUUUCGGCGACUUCAUCAAAAACUUCAAGGCCGUGCAGAUGAUGCGGCAAGCAGGAAGGCUGAAGCUCUGGCAUCGGUGUUGUGGCCUCGGCGUUGCCGGCAACGUGGCAGGUCACAUGGCGCAAGCAGGUGAGGCUGGCCAGGAGAGCAACUCCGCCACCAAGCCAGCUGCGAUAUUCAGCUUCUACAUGCCUCCGCAUCCAUAUCAGGUCAGCGACCACCAGGCCGACAAGAAGCGGCUCCAGGAGUUUCCGGUGACUUAUGCAGUCAUUGACUACCCGAAGCUCCCCGGUGCCUGCAAGGUUCAAGUCGAACCUGAGCUGUCGUUGUUGGUUGACAUCGUUUACACGAAGGACCGCAAGCGAGUUGAUCACUUAGUCCCCAGGCGAGUCGCUGCCUUCAACGACUGUUCCAUCCGCAGUUUGGAGGGUGCGGAGAAACUGAGCAUGAAGAAGAACUGGGGCUUCGGCAGCAAAGGCAUCAGCCUCCGAAGUUUUCCCAUCGACAGCUUUGCCUCGGGCAGCUUCGUGGACUUCCUUGCGCUGGUGUCAUACAUGAAGCGUGACGGGGAGGUUUUUCAGUACUCUGUGAAGGCACCGGUCAGGAACUACUUGCUCUUCCAUGAACCCCUGCUCGACUGGAUCGUUGAGCAGAUCAACGAUCAGAAGGACACGGACAAGUGGGAGGAGAUUUUUCCGCAACUCGCUAGUAGCGAUUUCCCAACAUCUGCAUGGAUUGCGCUUGGGGCUGGCGAGUAUACGGACUAUGGGGCCACACAUUUUUUGCAGCCACUGGAUGAGGUGGUCGUGGUGGUGUAUGACGAGCGAGUGAUGCCAGAUGGUCCAGGCAUGGCACAGGUGCUGGACAUGUUUGAGGACACUCCAGCGCCUGCGGGCUCUGUGAUGUUGCACCAGACCUUUGUCUGA